AAAUUUAUGCCUCGAUAUGAUGGACCAUACAAGAUCGUGGACGCUAACCCUGCAACUUCCACUUACACACUCAACCUUCCCAACUCGCCCAACAUUUGUCCCACCUUCCACAUCUCACAACUGCGCCCCUUCAUCCCUAACGACGCAACACUGUUCCCGACGCAGGAAUUGCCUAGACCCGGACCUGUGGUGACGGAGGAUGGACAAGCCGAGAACUUCAUUGAGCGAAUCUUAGAU